AUGAAUACUUUUUCUCAUGUUCCCCCCGGUUUUAGGUUCCAUCCCACGGAUGAAGAACUAGUUGAUUACUACCUUAGGAAGAAAGUAACAUCAAGGAGGAUUGACCUUGAUGUCAUAAAAGAUGUUGACCUCUACAAAAUUGAGCCGUGGGAUCUUCAAGAGAUUUGCAGAAUAGGAACAGAAGAGCAAAAUGAAUGGUACUUCUUUAGCCAUAAAGAUAAGAAGUAUCCAACAGGAACUCGCACGAAUAGAGCAACAACAGCAGGAUUUUGGAAAGCAACAGGAAGAGACAAGGCAAUAUAUUCUAAGCAUGACCUCAUAGGGAUGAGGAAAACCUUAGUCUUUUAUAAAGGUCGAGCUCCAAAUGGACAAAAAUCAGAUUGGAUAAUGCACGAGUAUCGCCUUGAAACAGAUGAAAAUGGCGCACCACAGGAAGAAGGAUGGGUUGUCUGUAGAGUAUUCAAGAAGAGAGUAACAACAAUGCGUAAAGUGAGUGAACAUGAAUCCUCCUGUUGGUAUGAUGACCAAGUCUCUUUCAUGCAUGACAUGGACUCACCAAAGCAAAGCUCUCAAUCUAAUUUGGUCUACCAAAUACCAUAUCCUUGCAAGAAAGAGCUAGAUUUGCCAUACCAAUUGCCUCGAGAGCACUUUCACCAGCAGCUUCCACUUCUAGAGAGCCCAAAACUGCUUCAAUCUGCUUCCACCAUAGCCUCUAUUAAUCCCAUGGCACCAUAUGAUCAUUUAGAUGUCAACCAUGCAACUGCUCUGAUGCCCUCAACAUUCAUACAAGAAGAACAAGUUCAACAGCAAAACUUUCAGGCAAUGUAUGGAAACAUUAAUACCAAUGAACAAGCUGUUGAUCAAGUGACUGAUUGGCGUGUGCUUGACAAGUUUGUUGCUUCACAACUUAGUCAAGAUGCUUCCAAAGACAAUAACUACUCAAACACAGGCAGCAUCUUGCAUGGCACGGACAAUAGUAAUGUACAGUUCAGAAAUUUGGACAAACAAGAAAUGGUGAUUGAAAAUGCCUCAACAUCAAACUCCAGCUGCCCAAUUGAUUUAUGGAAAUAG